AUGAGUCCUCUACUACGCACGCGUCCUCUUACUUCCCUAUUGUUACUGGCUACACAUCAGUGUUUGCUCCCAAGUCGUGUCUUCGUCAAUGGAGCUGCACUGCCUGCAGAUGAAAAUGGGUGGACCUCAGUCGAACGACCCGAGCCACCGGUCGAAGUCGAUGUGGUUGUCGUUGGGGGAGGAUACUCCGGAUUAACGUCAGCAUACGAGCUCCAUCAGGCUGGUUUGAGCACUGUAGUGCUCGAAGCCAAAGACAGAAUUGGCGGCAGGUCUCGCUCGCAUCAAAGAGAGAGUGGUCCCGGCAUCGUCGAGCUUGGUGCCACCUGGAUCAACAACAGCACCCAGCCGGCCAUCUGGGAGCUGACCCAGCAUUUCGGCUUGGAGACAUUGGUGCAAUACACUGAAGGAGACGAGGUUCUCCAGAGCCCUGAUGGACAGGUAGUCAGGGUACCACCCGCCACAGGAGAAGAGGAAGAAAGCCCAGAGCCAGAGGACAUUGUGGCUGCCCUCAUCAACGAAGCAGUGGAAGAGGUCGACAUCCGACAAUUUGCAGACUUCCCAGAAGACCAAGACGUGUCUGUCGCUGAUUGGAUUGCCCUGAACGGUCUCUGGAACGAGUCAGGUAUACCAGAGUUGCUUAGCCAAAUGACGACGACAAUCGUGGGUCGUGAGCCAAAUGAGACCGGGGCACACUAUUUCUUUGACUAUAUCAAGUCAGGUUAUGGGCUGGAGAGCCUCGGCACUGAAACGGAGUUUGGAGCUCAGUUUCUUAUGCUCGCAGAAGGCACCACCGCGCUCGCCAGAAAGCUCGCUGAUGCUAUGACCCCUGGGAGCGUUCUGACUGACGCAGCAGUCACUGAAAUUUCUCAGGAUGACGAUACUGCUAUAGUCACGAUUAAGACCGGCAAGAAGUUCAAGGCAAAGAAGGUCAUAGUCGCCAUUCCAACCAACACCUACUCCGACAUCAAAUUCACGCCUUCUCUCCCCAGCGAGAAGGCCCAAAUCGUGUCGAACACCAUGCCAGGCAUUUACGCCAAGAUGAUCCUGUCUUACACCGAGCCGUGGUGGAGGGAAGCAGGCCUGGUCGGCAAGUUCACCUCGCUUGUCGGCCCAAUUCGCUUCAGCUGGGAUACGUCAAACCCUGCACUAUCGCAGUACAGCCUGGCGGUCUUCAUCGCGGGAGACGUCGCGACUGAGUGGCACGCUCUACCCGAUGAAGAGAGGCAGCAAACUAUGAUAGAGCACCUCGCUGAACUGGUUGGCGAGGAUCUUGCCGACUAUGCGCUCGACGUGCUUGAGGUCAAUUACGUUGAAUGGACAAAAGAGGAAUAUAUCUGGGGUGGGCCAACGAGCGCGAUGGCUCCUGGCAUGCUGCGACAGUAUGGAACGGCGCUGCGUGAAUCUUUCGCGAAUCUGCAUUUCGGUGGCGGUGAGACUGCGUACGAAUGGAAAGGGUACCUUGAGGGGGCCAUUACGGCAGGUCAGAGAGCUGCAGAGGAAGUUGUCGAGGCCCUUGGCUCAGGCGGGAAAGCCUGA